UUAAAGUUUCCGGUUUACCGGGUUCCUGCCGCCGCGUUAUGACUUCGCAGCAAUGCAUUUGCAUCAAACGGUUCCUAAUUGUCGGCAUCGGUUUUCUGUCGAUCCUGGCCGGUGUUUAUUUGUAUGUCAAUUGGAUAGCAAUGUUUACGGAAAUGCGUGGAAAGGAAAUGGCAUUGAGCCCCACCUCGCCAACCUAUAGCGGUUGGAAGGUAUCACCGUUACCGCUCGAUUUCGAUGUGUAUCUAUUCAAUUGGACAAAUCCCGAAGAUUUUUAUGUUGGAUCGCCGAGAAAACCACGAUUCGAACAAUUGGGACCAUAUCGUUUUCGUGAAACACCCGAUAAAGUGGAUAUCGUAUGGCAUCCAAGUAAUUAUUCCGUGUCGUUUCGUAAGAAGGCCACAUUUCAAUUUGAUGCGGAGGCUAGUAAUGGCACGUUGGAUGACAUUGUAACCACGGUGGAUACAGUGGCUCAUUCAACCGCUCUGCGAGCCAAAGAUGCCAAUGGCUUCCAAAAAGGCAUUCUCGCCAUGACCCUAAGCAGCCGCCAGGUGGCAAUAACAAAAACCGCCAACGAAUGGAUUUUCCAGGGUUACAAAGACCCUCUGGUGACAAUUGGUGGAUUCGUGGCGAAAUUUGUUAAAGAAGUUGAGGUACCCUAUGAUCGGAUAGGAUGGAUGUAUACGCGCAAUGGCAGUUCCACCUAUGAUGGUCACUUUAAUAUUUACACCGGUGCCGAUGAUAUUUCCAAAAUGGGUCAAAUCUAUAGCUGGAACUAUAGAACACACAAUGGUGUCUUUCCUGGUGAAUGUGGUCAAGUCAAAGGUUCAAUGGGUGAAUUUUUCCCACCCAAUUUAACACCUCGAGAUUCGGUAUGGAUGUUCGUGCCGAAUGUAUGUAGGGCGGUGCCCUUGGAUUAUACGGAGACUGUUAAUAUUCACGGUGUUACGGCGUACAAAUACAGUGGAACUGAACGGUCUGUGGAUAAUGGCACCCUCUACCCUGAGAAUCGUUGCUUUUGUGUCAACAAUAAAUGUGAAGCCUCCGGGGUCUUUAGUAUAGCCCCUUGUAAAUACAACUCUUCGAUUUAUAUGUCCUAUCCACAUUUCUAUAAGGCUGAUCCCGUCUAUUUGGAAGCCAUUGAGGGCUUGAAGCCGGAAAAAGAAAAACAUGAAUUCUUUAUGACACUGGAACCAAAUGCCGGUGUACCCAUGGAUGUGGGUGGUGGCUUCCAGGCGAAUUAUUUAAUGGAACCUGUGGCGGGAAUAAGACCCUAUCACAAUGUACCACGCACAUUUAUACCAUUAAUGUGGGCGGAGGAACGGGUACGCGUUACACCAGAAAUUGCCUCCGACAUAGCCUUGGUGCCAAUGAUCGUGUUAAUUGGCCAAUUGAUCACAGGUGUCCUCUUUGCCUUGGGUAUCAUUAUGAUUUGUUGGUAUCCAACGAAAUUCGUAACCCUACUGUGUCAAGAUCCAAAGGGUAAAAAUAUUCUGCAGCGUUCAUUUUCAAAACCCCACUGGUGGCAGUGCCACCAAUAG